CCAUUUCGUAAUGCCCAAAUCCCUCUCUCUCUCUCUCUCUCUCUCUCUCUCUCCCCCUCUCUCUCUAAUCGAGAAGGGAUCGCAGUAGGGCAAAAUCUUCGUCUGUAAUGGGCAACCCUAACCCAUCGAAGAAACAAUGAAGAUAACUGUGGAACCACCCACCCCUCAAGAAAUCCACCCUCCACUGCCCUCCCCAACCCCUCCCCCGCCGUUAGAUCUCACUGAUAAACCCACUUUUCCCCGGAAGCCGCCUCGCCGGAAAUCCAAGAUCUCCGGCCAUGGAGUCCGGCUGAAAAGGGAAACUUCAAGAAAAGGUACCCGCCCCGAGACCCCACUACUCGGAUGGAAGUUUCAUGCGAGCACCACCAGAAAUGAUUCACCGGAGGACGACCGAUCCACCGCCGACGCCCGUCGGAAAACCGGUCGAAGACUCCGGCCCGUCGAUUCCGCCCGGAAACUCGCCGCCGGACUCUGGCGACUGCACUUGCCGGAGUUUGAGCCUCGCAUUGACCAAAAAUUACAGCUUCAGCCUGGAGGCGGUUCGAUUCGGGGAUGUAAUGUUGACAGGAAGAAGCAUUAUUCUCCGGCGAACAAUCUGGUACACAAUCCGCUCUACAUGUCAGUAACCGAAGCCGGGAUUCAGCACAAGCUCGAGCCCUCGUUCGAACAUAUAUUGAACCCGGCAAUGGAGGGGGCGACAAAGUGGGAUCCCAUAACUGGGAGAACAUCAGAAGAACCGAGAAAAGUACACGGCCGAAGAAAGAUCAGUGACGCCCCGGCAAUAUCUGCGCUCGAGAGACAGCUCGAGCAGGCUCGAUCCCGAAUCAACGAACUCGAAAUGGAGCGGACAUCUUCGAAGAAGAAACUCGAGCAGUUCUUGCAGAAAGUCAGCGAGGAUAGGGCCGAAUGGAGGAGCCGAGAGCACGAGAAGAUCCGAGCGAUUAUCGACGACAUGAAAACCGAGUUGAGCAGGGAGAAGAAAAAUCGACAGAGGCUCGAGGUAGUCAAUUCAAAGCUCGUCAACGAGUUGGCCGACGCUAAGGUAUCGGUAAAGCGCGCGUUGCAGGAGUACGAGAAAGAACGGAAGGCUCGGGAAUUGACGGAGGAAGUCUGCGACGAACUUGCGAAAGAAAUCGGAGAAGACAAGGCCGAAGCCGAAAGCAUAAAACGGGAGUCGAGGAAGAUUUUGGAAGAAGUUGAGGAAGAGAGGAAGAUGUUGCAGAUUGCGGAGGUUUGGCGCGAGGAACGAGUGCAGAUGAAAUUAGUCGAUGCGAAGGUGAUGCUCGAGGAGAAGUACUCGUAUAUGAAUCGAAUAUUGACGGAUCUCGACGCUUUUCUUAGUUCCCGAAGCGCAAAUUUGAACGACGACGAGAUCAAGAAAUUGGAGUUGCUCCGGGGGGUAGCCGCCUCGAUCAACAUGCAAGAUGUUCGGGAAUUGAAGUACGAGCCCCCGGAUCCGGACGAUAUGUUUUCGGCAUUCGAAGACGUCAAUUUCGGGCAAUCGAAUGAACAGGAGAUCGAGCCGGAGCCGGAGAACAGUUGCAGUCCCGCCAGUCGCGACUCGAAAUUCUACGCGGCGGAAGCGAAGCUGCUGAACAAAGAGCGCGGAGAGCGACGUUCGAGUGUGUAUAUGGAUCGGAGCGACGAGGACGCGAGCGAGUGGGAAACCGUAAGCCAUCCCGAGAACGAGGGCUCGAGCUAUUCACCCGACGAGAGCGAUGCGUCGGUUAACAAAAGCUUUCGGGAGACGCCCGCGACGGAAGUAAGCGAAAUGGGUUCGGUACAACCGAGCAAGUUGAAAAAGGCAUCGUCGAUAUCCCGACUGUGGAGGUCGCAUACGAGCAACGGCGAGGGAACGAACCGGAGAAUUGUAAACGGAAGGCUUUCGAACGGGGCAAUCACGUCGUCCCCCGGGUUUUCCGGAAAAGGCGAAUAUAGCCCCCGAGAUUUGGCGGGACGAUGGAGCUUGCACGAUGCGGGCGAUUCGCGGGGAAUGAAAGGAUGCAUCGAAUGGCCUCGCGGCGCACAGAGGAGUAGUUUGAAGGCUCGAUUAAUCGAGGCGCGGAUGGACGGGCAGAAGACGCAGCUGCGACACAUCUUGAAGCAGAAGAUUUAGUCGAGAUGGGCUUUCUCGAUCGAUCGGUGGCGAUCGAUAACUGCAUGUAGCCUUCUGGGUCUUGUUUUACUAAGCUUGUAUUGGCACUUGAAUAAUAAACCAGACACGAUUGUUUUAUA